AUGCUCGGUCACUUAUGUAGUAUAUAUCUGUGGCGAGUGUUCUACAUGCAUGAGAGGAUACAGCGGAGCAAAAGAAAGUCUAUCAGCCUACAUCUAAGGGAGAAGACUUCAAAGGACGGCUGCAGUGCAAUGCGCUUCGAUAGAUUCUUUGAUCACAUUAGACGUCCUGGGGUGAGGGAGGAGGAGGAGGGGGUCGGAGACGAGGCCCGGGGGCUGGCAGGGGUGGGGGGAGGGCAGGGCGGCCUCGUGCCCUUCGCCGGGUCACCUUGCCCAGUUAAUUGCGCCGGCCACGUUUUUGUCUGUCUGCUGGUCCAACAACCGUCGCCGGUCACUCUCGGUGUAUCAUUACCCACGGCUCCUUCCUCCUUCAACAUCUCGCUGGUCGUACACCAAGUCUUCCUCGCAGCUCGACCAGCCGCCUCAGUUCUUUGUGUCUCACAACAUGUUUUAUUCUCGGCCGUCUAG